UACCGCUAAUAAGAAUAUCUUGAAAACUCACUUGAAUCAAUCUCUAACUUUGGUUACCACUUUAUAUUUGAACAAACUUUUCAUUGAGACUGAUAGGGACAUAUGGCAAAGAGAGAGACUUUGAUAUUGGUGUUAUGGGUAGUGAUCAUGUGGGUGGGUAUUUGUUGGUGUUUGGACAUGGACACUGCGAAGGAAACGAUGAAUGAAGCAGCAGGGAAUGCCAAGGAGAAAGCAGAGGAGACCAAACAAAGGGCUGCCGAAGCAACGCAAGAUGCCAAGGACACAACUGAUUCCUGGGCCGAUUGGGCUUAUGAAAAGUUGGCUGAGGGAAUUGGAUUUAGACAAGAAAAUGCAAGAGAAGGAGCCCAAGACAUGAUGGAUAAAGCUGGGGAUGCUGCGUGGAAGGCCACAGAUACAAUGAAUUCUGCCGCAUCUGAUACAUCAAAUUAUGCUUCCCAGAAGGUUGGGGAUGCAGCUAACACCGCUUAUGAAAAGGCGGGUGGUAUGAAGGACUUUGCAUCUGAGAAAGUGGGUCAAACUAUAAGAAUGGUUUCAGAUAAGGCUGGUGAUGCCAAGGACACAAUGGCAGAAGCAGUGUCAUAUGGAAAAGACAAAGGAGGUGAUGCUUACAAUGAUGCUAGUGAGACAGUAAACAUGGCUACAGAAACUGCCUAUGAUAAGGCUGGUGAUGCUGAAGAGAUGAUGGGAGGAGCAAUGAGGUAUGGAAAACAUAAAGCAGGCAAUAUGUGUGAUGGAGCUAAAGAGAAAAUUAACACGGUCUCAAACAUGGCUACAGAUGUGGCCUAUGAUAAAGCCAAUGAUGCUAAAGAGAUGAUGUCUGGGGCAGUUGAGUAUGGAAAAGAGAAAGCAAGUGAUGCCAAAGAUACAAUGAACAUGGCUUCAGAGAAGGCUUAUGAUGCCAAAGAUACAAUGGCAGAUAAAGUAGGCAAUGCAUAUGAUGAAGCUAAGGAGAAAAUAAAUGUGGCUUCAAAUGUGGCCUCAGAUAAGGCCUAUGAUACCAAAGAGGAGGACUCUUACAUGUCAGCCAAGGAUACCGUGACUGAACAAGCCAAGGCUAAAUAUGAGGCUGCUAAGGAGAAGGCUUCGGAAGCCACAGUCAAUCUUGGGGAUAAGAUGAGGAAGAAUAAAGCAGAGCUAUGAAGUGGACAAACUACUUUUAGCAAUGUUAUCUUGCUGAAGCCAUCUGUGACUGUGAGUUUACGUUUAUUGCUAUGUUUCCUUCUUUUCUGAUAAUAUGUUCUUUGAAACAUAUUUAGGAUAAUGAAAUUUGUAUCCAAGGAAUUAAUUGUUUUUUCUUCUUCUUUUUAUUUUUGGUACGACUUACGAAUUCAAAUGCAAAAGCUGUUCGGAGAUA